UCGCCUCGCCACACCCAUGUCGUUAUGAAUAUUGAUGGGCCAGGCAGCCGAUCUCGGAUGAAGAUUAAAAAAAAAGAUCAAGUCGGUUCUUCCUUUCGGCAACAAAAUAUAUUCGGCACCUUUUUUGGUGCAUAAAUAACGUGUUUCCGUUCAUUUUUUUUACCCAGUCGGAGGUGGAAGAGGGGGAGCUCUUUUUAAAAACUUUUUUUCAUCCUAUAAUCUCUGGUUUCCCGGAGAAGCGUUAUUUCUCUCUCUCUCUCUCUCUCCCUCUCUCGCUCCCUCCCUUCCCAGUCUGCAGCCAGGCCCUGCCUUCCCCCGCUGCCAUUCCCCUCGCCGGCUUCCUGUGCGCGGAGAGCGAGCUGCCGCCAGCCCUGCCACCUCAACAUGGAGUAGCGCGUCCCUGCGAGGCUGCGACCGGCUGCAAGCGACCGAGAGCGAUCGGCAAGCGCCGCGCCACAUGAGCCAUUCCGGCAGUGCGGAGACACGAUCAGCGUGAAGCCACCGCGGAUUAGACGCCGCGCUUUUUAUUUAUUAUUUAAAAGAUGGCGAACGACUCUCCGGCUAAGAGUCUGGUGGACAUAGACCUCUCGUCUUUGCGGGAUCCGGCUGGGAUUUUUGAAUUGGUGGAAGUAGUCGGCAAUGGCACCUAUGGACAAGUAUACAAGGGGCGACAUGUCAAAACUGGACAGCUGGCCGCCAUCAAGGUCAUGGAUGUUACGGAGGAUGAGGAGGAGGAAAUUAAGCUGGAGAUCAACAUGCUGAAGAAAUACUCUCACCAUAGAAACAUCGCCACCUACUAUGGUGCCUUCAUUAAGAAGAGCCCCCCAGGCCAUGAUGACCAGCUCUGGCUGGUCAUGGAGUUCUGUGGGGCAGGCUCCAUCACUGACCUCGUGAAGAACACUAAGGGGAACAGCCUCAAGGAAGACUGGAUCGCCUACAUCUCCCGUGAAAUCCUGCGGGGUCUGGCCCACCUGCACGCCCACCACGUCAUCCACCGUGACAUCAAGGGCCAGAACGUCCUGCUGACGGAGAACGCCGAGGUCAAGCUGGUGGAUUUUGGUGUGAGCGCCCAGCUGGACCGUACUGUGGGCCGGAGAAACACCUUCAUCGGGACGCCCUACUGGAUGGCUCCCGAAGUCAUUGCCUGUGAUGAAAACCCGGAUGCCACCUACGACUACAGGAGCGACCUGUGGUCCUGUGGGAUAACGGCUAUCGAGAUGGCAGAGGGUGCUCCCCCGUUGUGUGACAUGCAUCCGAUGAGGGCGCUCUUCCUCAUCCCCAGGAACCCCCCACCGAGGCUCAAGUCCAAGAAAUGGUCUAAGAAGUUCUUCAGCUUCAUCGAGAGCUGCUUGGUGAAGAACUACAUGCAGAGGCCGCCGACGGAGCAGCUGCUGAAGCACCCCUUCAUCCGGGACCAGCCCAACGAGAGGCAGGUCCGCAUCCAGCUGAAGGAUCACAUCGACCGCACCCGCAAGAAGAGGGGCGAGAAGGACGAGACCGAGUAUGAGUACAGUGGGAGUGAAGAGGAGGAAGAGGAGGCUCCAGAGCAAGAAGGGGAACCCAGCUCCAUCGUCAACGUACCCGGCGAGUCGACGCUGCGCAGGGAUUUUAUCCGCCUGCAGCAGGAGAACAAGGAGCGCUCCGAGGCUCUGAGGAGGCAGCAGCUCCUGCAGGAGCAGCAGCUCCGUGAACAGGAGGAGUAUAAGCGGCAGCUGCUGGCAGAGAGGCAGAAGCGCAUUGAGCAGCAGAAGGAACAGCGGCGGCGGCUGGAGGAGCAACAGCGCCGUGAGCGUGAGAUGCGACGGCAGCAGGAGCGUGAGCAGCGACGGCGGGAGCAGGAGGAGAAGAGACGCAUCGAGGAGAUGGAGCGCCGUCGCAAGGAGGAGGAGGAGCGCAGGAGGGCCGAGGAGGAGAAGAGGAGGGCCGACCGAGAGCAGGAGUUUAUUCGCCGUCAGCUGGAGGAGGAGCAGAGGCACCUGGAGAUCUUGCAGCAGCAGCUGCUCCACGAGCAGGCCAUGCUCCUGGAGUACAAAUGGCGGGAGAUGGAGGAGCAGCGGCAGGCACAGCGCCUCCACAGGCAGCUGCAGGUGGAGCAGGCCUACCUGCUGUCGCUCCAGCAGGACCACAGGCAGCAGCAGCAUCAAGACAGGACCAAAGCCCCCCAGCAGCCCCUGCCGCACGCACACCCCCACCCGCACUCGCCCGCAGAGCCCAAAGGCCCCACCCCCAAACCUGAGCCUGAGGUGGCUGAGCGAGCCCGAGAGGCGGAUGAAAGGUUUCGAAAGAACAUCCAGGGCUCCCCCCAGGCCGCCCAGUCCAAGCAGCCCCCGGCACCCUUCCACAACGGAAGCUCCGCGGAGGUUGUUGCGUCGGCGCCCCACAGGCCUAUGGAACCACAGGUUCCGGUGAGGACGACUUCCCGAUCCCCAGUGCUGUCCCGGCGAGACUCUCCACUGCAAGGGGGUGUGCAGCCCAGUGGUCAGGCGGCCCAGAGGAGCGCAGCAAAUAACCCUGAGCCACGCCUCCUGUGGGAUCGUGUCGAGAAGCUGGCCUCCAGACCCGGCAGUGGCAGCUCCUCUGGCUCCAGUAACUCCAGUUCCCAGGCCGGCUCCCAGAGCGGCUCAGGGGAGCGGUUCCGGGUCCGAUCGUCUUCAAAGUCAGAGGGCUCCCCGUUACAGCGGCCUGAAAAUGCUGCGAAGAAGCCAGAGGAGAAGAAGGAUUUUGUCCGGCCGAGCCGACCGGCGGAUCUCACCGCCCUAGCCAAAGAACUGAGGGCAGUGGAGGAGGUGCGGCCCCACAACAAGGUCACCGACUACUCCUCCUCCAGUGAGGAGUCUGGCACCACUGAUGAGGAAGAUGAAGAUGUCGAACAGGAAGGUGCUGACGAGUCCACCUCAGGCCCUGAAGACUCACGUGCCGUCUCCUCCAACCUCAGUAAUGGAGAGACUGAAUCAGUCAAGACCAUGAUUGUUCAUGACGAGUCCGAGAGUGACCCUGCGACCACACCCACGAAAGAUGGUACCUUGAUCGUCAAACAGAGCACAGGGGAAAAAAAGCGCCCCAGCUACACGGAGAGCAAUGGCUUUGCCGGCCGCAUCCAUCUCUUGCCAGACCUCAUCCAGCAAAGCCAUUCCUCCUCCUCCUCCUCCAUCUCCAACUCCCCCUCGUCCAGCCAGGCCAGCCCCUCCAUGUCCCCCCAGACCCCCAUGGACAAGCUGAGCGCCAGCGAGACCCAGUCUGCCAGCAACACCAUGCAGAAACACAAGUCGUCCUCCUCCUUCACCCCUUUCAUCGACCCCCGGCUCCUGCAGAUCUCCCCCUCUAGUGGGAGCUCACUCUCGUCUGCAGCUUUUGGAAAUGAAACCCGUCUGAAUGAUCCCUCUCGGAAGGGCUCAGUAGUGAAUGUGAAUCCGGUCAACACCCGGCCACAGAGUGACACCCCAGAGAUCCGCAAGUACAAGAAGAGGUUCAACUCUGAGAUUCUCUGUGCAGCACUUUGGGGUGUGAACCUGCUGGUGGGCACAGAGAGUGGACUGAUGCUGCUGGACCGGAGUGGACAGGGUAAAGUUUACCCCCUCAUUAACCGACGCCGCUUCCAGCAGAUGGAUGUCCUGGAGGGUCUCAACGUCUUGGUCACAAUAUCAGGUAAGAAAAACAAGCUGCGUGUUUACUACCUGUCCUGGCUGAGGAACAAGAUUCUGCAUAAUGACCCUGAAGUGGAGAAGAAACAAGGCUGGACCACUGUGGGGGACCUGGAGGGAUGUGUACACUACAAAGUUGUGAAAUAUGAGCGAAUCAAGUUCUUGGUUCUUGCUCUGAAGAAUUCAGUCGAAGUUUAUGCAUGGGCGCCCAAGCCAUAUCACAAAUUUAUGGCCUUUAAGUCAUUUGGAGAGCUUGUUCACAAGCCCCUGUUGGUUGACCUGACGGUGGAGGAGGGUCAGAGAUUGAAGGUCAUCUACGGCUCAUGCUCUGGCUUCCAUGCUGUGGAUGUAGACUCUGGCGCGGUGUAUGACAUCUACCUGCCGACACACAUCCAGACCAGCAUCCAGUCACAUGCCAUCAUCAUCCUGCCCAAUACAGAUGGCAUUGAAUUGCUUGUGUGCUACGAGGAUGAGGGUGUUUACGUUAACACAUAUGGCCGCAUCACCAAGGAUGUGGUGCUACAGUGGGGUGAGAUGCCCACCUCCGUAGCCUACAUCAGGUCCAACCAGAUCAUGGGCUGGGGAGAGAAGGCCAUAGAGAUCCGUUCCGUCGAGACAGGACACCUGGAUGGAGUUUUCAUGCACAAGAGGGCCCAGAGGCUGAAGUUCCUGUGCGAGAGGAAUGAUAAGGUGUUCUUUGCCUCAGUGCGCUCUGGGGGAUCCAGCCAGGUGUACUUCAUGACCUUGGGGCGAAGUUCCCUGCUUAGCUGGUAGAAGAUAUGCUCCCCUCCCCGCCCCCCCACAUUGGAAUAAGUUUUAUUUUUCCCCUCAAUAUUUAAGACGACAACCAAGAAACAAACACGACGACCUUGAACUGAAACUUCAAUUGCCGUACCAAGCCACCCCAGAAGUGAAUGGGGGCUUUUAACAAGAGAAAUGAAGAUGCAUGGGAGGAGCAGGAAGAGGAUCUUCUCAUAGCCAAUGAGUUUGCAGAUAUUGGUUAUGUCAUCAGAUUGUUACCUUAAUGACAGCCUAAACCCCAAUAGCUUCCCAUCACUAUCAAGAUAUCUAAGUUCUGAUGUAGACCUGCAUUUGGUCUUUCCAGAGAUAUCAAGACCCCCUUGAAUUGUCCUAUAUUUAAGGUUUGGGGUAGCGCUCCCACAGUUGAGAAAUCUAUGUUUAUGUAUCCUGCUUGAGGGAAGGAGUGGGGGGUUUACAAAUGGGCAGGAUAAUCAAUCGGUGGCUGUCCACACUUCACUCGGAUCAUGGGUGGGAGGGUUGGCCUUGGUGUUUUCGUGGCAAAAGGAGUGGGUGGGGUUUGAGGGCGUUUUGUCCUCGUCACGUGUGCUUUUGGGUUAGGGCAGGCAUCUCUGUGUUGCAUUUUUGACAUUUCCAUAAGGUGGUCCUCUACAGGGGUUUAGGGCAUGUUCUAGGAAAAAAGUGCAACUGUAUUUUGUUUUUUUUUUCCUUCUCAAUUAAUAAAUCCCACGUUUUCUUAAUUUUAUUUUGGCCUACUUCAUUGCUAAGAUGGUUAUAAGAUUCCAAGAAAGGGGAUUUUGACUGACUUUUCAGUCAUAUAGGUGUGGGGAGGACAAACUUCUUCUAGUUGUUACACUGGCUAACUGUGUGGACCACAUCCUCUACCCUUUUGAGUCUGUCAUGAGGUUUAUCCAGACGUUGUUCCUUUUUAUAUGGCAAUAGGUAUGAGUAUCAAUAGGUGGAUUAGGGCCAUGUUUCCUAUACUCCAGUGGGGGAAGUUGAUAUUUGAUGGUUUUUAUUCUAAUGGUCAUAUUUGAUAGUUCACCAGUGAUCCACCCUCCUGUCGUCGCUCACAUUCCACCUAUGUGUGAUCUUUAAAUAAAAAAUAAAACCCAAAGCAUUUUAAUGAUACUCCCUGCUGUCAGGGAGGGAGAGGGGGGCCACCAGGGGAGCACUUGGGUCCUUUGUGCUGGUUAUGAGAUCUGUCGUAUAUUCUGCACUAUGCAUGACUCUUCUUGAUGGCAGGCCAGGUUACAAGCUUGAAUGUGUGAGGCCAAACGGCGCUAUGGGGAUUAUGGCGCGAUUCAUACUGUGGUCCAUUUUCCUGUUUUGGGGUUUUAUGGUCAAUAAUGAAGGUCAAUGAUGCGAUUCCACAAACAACAUUGUAGGUUUUAAUUUCUCGAAGGCUCAUCCUGUGCAUGGAGAAUUACUACUAUAAUUUCCAUGGGUAGUUUUUUGCCAUUUUUCAGAUUACAAUGCGCUUACGCAGAAUAUUACCGCUUCGACAAAGGCAAAGACACAGUUUGUAGUGUGAUCUGGCAGCAUUGCACAAGUUUCUGAAAGCAUUGCACGCGUACACAUGCAUGAGGGAAGGAGGAAAAUGAUCCAUGACGUUGGUUGACCAACAAUUUAUGACUUUUGAAGAGUGGUUCCCAGUAAGGUUUUUUUUUUCUCUCCUUACCUCUUCUUUUUCCCAGAAACUAAGAAAUUCCCCAGAAUGCCCCUACUACUUUUCCCCAUCUUUGCCUAAGUCACCUUUUUCAUACUGUUUUACAAUUGCCUUAAUACUGCUCUUGCGUUGGACCACAUAUACAAGUACAUCUUGAAGGCCUGAGUCUUCAUAUGUAUAAGGUUGCUGGGUCAUGGGACUCUGACCAUUGUCUGAGUAGUAUACUACCUUUCAGCUGUCUCAGUAGCAAUUCGUAAUUAACCUUACUUUGUUCCAUCCCCAUUCACUCCUGGAAAUGGUCCAAAUCAAUCCACUCUGUUUGUGUGAAGCCUUGUGGAACAGGAAGUGGACAGAUAAUGUGAUAUGAAGUGGGUAAUUAUCCCAGCUGACCGUAUUCUCCCAUUUCUUCUUUGGCUUGCUGUGCUGCAUCCUGUUAUCACAUAAGAAGAGCAGGACCCGUUUUCUCAAGAUUCCCAAAUCCAUCCGGAAUUUCCAUGCUGUCCCUUACCAAAAGGAGAGGGUGAAGGGGCUGAUCUGCUUUUCAAAGACGUUUCUUACCUACUGUUUUGCGCAUUCGUUCCGUUGACCUUGCUCAGUUGUUUGGGUGUGGGAGGUACCGGACCUGCCUGGUUGCCAAGUGAUCCUCAGUCCAUGUCUUUUCUUGCAUGUUGAACACUUUCUAAGUGGAAAAACCAAUGGCAUUUGUGUACGAGGCCUUCUUCGUAGAUGGUCCCCUCUGACAAGUCUCUCUCAUUGGACAAUGUUGUCUUGUGCUUGUUGCUAAGAUACAUCCGGGCCUCCCGUGAGUGACUCUUAGCUUCCGUGAACAGAAAUCCGUUGUUUUCACAUUUCCUCCCUGGAGGCGGAAGGGGCUACCCCUGUUUCUCUUCAUGGGCCUAGACGCCUCUAUUAAAAUAAUGAGCAGUAUUACCAAACCACUACAUUUAAGAAUAAAAUGCGUUUUCAAGAUCUCUUAAGCAUUGGAUAUUUUUAACUUCUAGAUUUAGUUAAGAACUGAAUUGUAGUUUUUUUCUUUUGGUUUCAGUAAUUUUAUGUAAUCCUAAUUACCACUGUAGUGGUUUAAUAUUAUAAUGCUCACCUUUUGUUGAGAAAAUGUUUACAGACAAAUGUUUUUUGUUACACUAAUGUGCAUCAUAUUUAUGGUUCAUUUGAAAGCUUUUUAAUGUUUGUUUUCUCUUUUUUGUAUUUCCGUCAAUAACCCAUAACAGCUGAUUUUACAGAUACAGCUGUAAUAAUCAUACAAAUGAUGGAUUGAGAAUUUGUCUGCCCCGACGCCCAGCAUCCUUUUGUUGUUGUGGUGACAGCAGCAACAGUCAGUCCCUGACUGCACAUCGCGGAUCAGGCACAAGUGACCAGUUUUACCGUGUUUCUGACAUGCUAACUUAUGUCUUCUCUGUGUAUUAUGGCAAUUAUUGUAUUUUUCCUGAAGGUCUUUUAUUUCUUUCUUUGAAUAAACUCAAAGUGAUAUACA